GUGCACGGCACUCUGCCCCUGGGGUGGACGGCAUCCCCUAUGCCGCAUGGAAUGCCUCUGACUGCUGUGUCGACGUCUUGUGCAACACCCUCGACUGGGUGCUUUGCGGGGGGACCCUCUUCGAUGCCGCGAGUGUCACGCUGCAGGCCUUCCUGCCCAAGGGUUCUGAGGACGAGGACGAGGCCUCUGGAGGCUGCACGCGGACAGCUGACAAAAUUCGAGUGCUGGGGCUUCGAAACACCGACAUCAAAAUCAUGACCUCUGUUGUCAAUCGCUCGCUCCGUAAAGUGGUCGAGGAGGUGGUUCCCUGCUCGCAAAGGGGGUUCGUGGUCGGCCGUAACUUUGGAUACAAUGUGAUCGAACUCGACGGCAUCGGAAGGCUUGCUGCUGCCCACCCUCGCUCUGACAUGUGCGACCCCCUCCUGAUCUCGUUCGAUUAUGGUCAGGCGUUCCCUAGCCUUUCCCAAGAGUACCUGCUGAUUCUGAUGAAGAAGCUCGGGCUCCCUAGGGCUGAAGCUGAAGCCCAUGAAGUGCAAAUUGUCCCGCUCAAGGGGGAGUUCACUGAGUCCCUCCAGUUCCACACCUUGUCCCUGGUCGAGCGCCUGGUCCCUGCCUGGCGCGCCUUCGAAGUGGCCUCCCACGUUCUCUACCUGGGCCUCCUGCUGGGCCCCGCCGUCACUGUCGACAUGCAGUGGCUUGCACC